GAUAUUUUGAACCUUCCUAUUUCAGAUUCUUUAUGCUGAUGAUAGCAUUUAGAAACUAGAAUAUUUAGAAAUGGUAACAACUUAAUGAUUUGGCCCAAUAAACUUUUCAGACGAGAACAAUAGCCGCCGUUACUGCAGAGGUUAGAAUCAGUGCACAAUUUCGAAUUCCACUUCUAUUUUUAUCGAAAUUAUCUCCUCUUUUUCUGAAGUAUUGAAAACAAAAAUACCGGAUGAUUUGGUUGUUCUCAUCCCACAAAUUUCCGGUUUCGACAGUUGGUUCCCCUAGCUCCUGGAGCAAGUGGACACGCAAGAGAGGAUAUUCCAAUCUUUCUUUUCCAUCCUUCCUCUCCACCCCCAUAGAACGUCUUCAAGAAGACAGGAUACACGGUCAAUUGCUAGAACGAAAACUUUACCUGCUUUCUCACGGAAAAGUUAUAUUUUAUUAUUCACCAUUUAGAGGGUUGAGAAUAAGUUUCUUGUGUGGAGUAGAUGACCAAUCGAACUGCAGGCCGGUGCUGUCUUCUGAGUUCUGUUUUAUUCUUGGAUUUAUUCCUUCGAAUAUUGUUUUUGUUUGUGGAUGGAUGUCGUUUCUUGGAUUGGUGUUCUGAAGUUAGUGUUUAUUUGCAAGUGCGCGUUCUGUUAGGAAUAUUUAAAAACAUGUUGGUGGACCUGUGUACUAUGGAUAUAAUGAUCGCGCGGUUGUGCAAUAUUGUGAGGAUUCUAGAUAUUACCACAGGUUGUUGCUCUGGACAAGUUAUGCUAGGUGAUAGCAGGGACGUAGUACAAGGUGAAAGUUUACGACUUCCCUGUAGAUUUCAUUCAGCCUUAGGAUCAAGUACUACGCUCUACUUUUGGAGUAGAGUGAAUAAAGAUGGUAAAGACAAUGCAGCUAUCAAUGCUGCGGCAUUGGACCCUCAUUACAAUAUAGACUUCAGCCCUCAAGAGGGCAAAUACGAUCUGCUCAUAUCUCAAGCGAAUUAUGACAAAGACAAUGGAAAGUUCGAAUGCUGGUUGAAGGAAGGGGGCAGCGGAGUUGACAUCUAUAGUGUUUCUUAUGUCGUAACUGUUUUAAUUGUUCCUGGGGAACCUAGAAUAACUCCACCAAAGCCCAUAGCCAGGGAAGGAGAGUCCACAGCUCUUACUUGCUCAAGUGAAGGUGGAAGCCCAGAUCCUACCAUCCGCUGGUACAGAGAUGGCGUCCUACUUCAAGGCAUGGUCCAGAAAGGUGGCUCCAGGGAAAGGCCUACGUCCAGCGUACUGACCAUCACUCCUAGACUAGAAGACGAUGAUUCUAUCUAUAGAUGUGUUGUUUGGAACAGAGCUUUGAGGGAGGAUCAAAAACUUGAAACAAGUGUCAGUCUUAGGGUUCACUAUUCACCUAGAAUAACUGUGGGGCCCUCUAACCCUUUAAACGUCCUAGAAAAUACUGAUGCUCAUUUAAGCUGCAAUGUGAUAGCAUCACCCCCUGUUCGUUCUGUCAGGUGGUUGAGGAAUGGAAUGCUGAUAUCUAACACUCUCAAUCAUACUAUCAGAGGUGUCACAUCUGAAGACAGUGGUAUUUAUAGCUGUAUCGCUGAAAAUGGCAUUGGAGAACCUACACAAGCCAACUUGGAAUUAUCUGUGCUUUAUGGCCCCCAAGUGAGACUUCCAACAUAUCAGGAAGUAGCUGCUGGCGAACCUCUCAUAGUUAAAUGUGAAGUCUUGUCUAAACCUCCUCCUCAUAUGAUCCAAUGGCUGAAAGAAGGGGAUCCGUACUUCAGGCAAACAGGAGACACUCUACGAAUUGAUAAAAUUACUGUAGACGAUGGUGGACGAUAUAUUUGCCAGGCUGCCACUUCUUUCAGACCUUCAGGUUCUAACAUCCAAACUGAAGCUACAGGAAAUGGAACAGUUACAGUUAGAAUCAAACAUAAACCUGGCCAGGCUGAAAUCCAUCCUUCUCAACCUGUAGCCAUUGCUGGUCGACCGUUUACACUCUCUUGCACAGCACACCCUCUUGGAUGGCCAGUACCUGAAUACAGGUGGUGGAAAGAAGGCCAGCAGAAAGAAGACCUUACUCAGAAACCGAAUUAUACCCUAAUAUCAGCUCACAUGAGCCAUGAAGGUAGAUAUUUCUGCCAGCCUUUUAAUAGUCUUGGAAGGGGUGGAUCAGCAUCUGUGUAUCUAACUGUGCAUGAACCAGCAUCUAUCCUCAUACCACUUAGACCUCAAACCAUCAAAAAGGACAAAGAAAGAGAUUACAGUAUAACAUGCAGAGCUCGUGGAAAGCCCAAACCAAAAGUCAGGUGGUUACAGAAUGGUCAAGAAAUAUCUGAAGAUAGCGGGCUAUUCCAUAUUUCAAAUUCUGAUAAUGUAGAGGACAAUAAUGCAUUCACUGUACAAAGUACUCUGUCGUUUACGGGACCCAGUCGUCGAGAGAAUGGCCUCACUCCUGGCGACAGAGGAAGAUAUACUUGUGAAUUUAAUAAUGGAUUUGGCGAGAAUGCUAGGUCUGAAAUGAUGCUCAGAAUUGAACAUUCCCCUGUGGUCCGACAUACGUACAAUCGAGUGGCUUUUGAUGUGGGAGAGACCGCUGUUUUGCAGUGCAAAAUGCAGGCUUACCCUAGCCCAACAUUUGAAUGGGUUUCGAGAGGACGUGUUCUGGACGAAUAUGGGAACUAUGGUACGAACAUCACAGACCUAGGCGAAGACAUAUAUGCUGGUGUUCUCUCUAUUCGAGACAUGAAGGAAGAAGACUACGGAGAGUACACGUGUAGAGCUUCCAAUCAAGUUGGGGAUGACAAGAAAACCAUUAUCAGGCUUGUUAGGAAAGGUCCUCCUGAGAGGCCUACUCACUUAGAGUUGAUAGAAGUUAGUUCAGAUAAAGUGACUUUGAGAUGGCAAGAAGGAUUCAAUGGUGGUUUCGCCAACACUGAGUUUUUGGUUACGUAUCUCAAUACUGAAAAUGGUCGACAAAUGAAUGAGUCCUGUCGGACUCAAAAUUUGUGCCAAAUCACUGGUCUCUCUGCAAAUACAGAAUAUCACUUCAAAGUUUUGGCUGUUAAUCCCCGUGGUUAUAGUCCAUAUUCAGAAGAGCUGUCUGUUACAACUAAAGUGAAUUUAAGAGACAUGCCAAGACCAACAGAAGCACAAUAUGAUCGUGAUACUGGCUAUCUUACAUUUCAUGUUGAAUUAAGUUCAUUAAAAUUGUUGGCGAAGAUUGAGGCUAGACCUGUGGGAUCAGAGAUGUGGGUCCUACAGACUGUGAUCUCGGUCAUUAGACCCAUAGAGAAAGUGCAGUUAAGCCCUCCUGAUGAGGGAUUUUCUGAUGUGCGUGUCAAACUUUGUCUUGAUAGUAAUGACUCUUGGUGUGGUGAUGCCAAAUUGGCAAAUCCUUUUGAAGAAGAGCUUCCAAAUCCCAAAGAUUCUAGAGCUGGUUUACCAACUGAGGCUGUCAUGAUAAGCAUUGUUAUUGGAGGUGUUGUAUUUUUAUUGGUUAUCAUUUUGAGCAUUUGCUGCUGUUGGAAGAAGAGAGUAAAUCACAAAGAAAAGAAAGAUUUUGAGAUGGAAACAACAAAUCCUAGACCAAAGGCUGUGACGCCACCUUACUUCCCAGACGGGGUUGUGAACAAGGGAUUGGAGAGCGUGACGGACGACAUGACAAAAGCAGGUAUCUACACCACCAAUACAUCUGGCAUCAAUGGAGGGAUCAAUGGCCAUAUACCUUCUGGCAGUCACCUCAAUUCUGGAAUGAUGUAUAAUCCAGAUCCUGAUACUAGUCCCUGUAGUGCCCUAGAUCAUUCAGAACCCUGGUUGAAACCAACAGACGAGCUUGGAACAGAAGGUUCCUAUCAGCCUUAUGAUUCUAGGUUACCUAAUGGUUAUUUUUACCCAGAAGAUUAUCAACCUUUAACAGAAGAUUUAAUGAACAUUAAAAAUAGAGACCAUAUACAUUCACCAUACUACGAUGUGAGUGGUCUGCCGGAUCCAUACGCCAUGGGCGAGGAAGACAAACCACAACACAUCUCCCUCUCGUACGACGAGAGUCAUGAAAGUGGCUACUCCACACCUAACUCUAGAUCGAGGAGAGUCAUUCGGGAAAUAAUUGUCUGAUGUGUUUUUCCUUUUGGGUCUUUGUUUUUAAAGACCAGUGUAAUAUAAACUGUGAUAAACUGACAGUUGAACCCUGUCGUCUACAGAAAAUAAACAAAGGUGCCGGCUGCCCAACGAGUGGCCAAUCAUUUUUUUGCCAUUCCAUGUACCAGGUGUCAUGGAACAGCCUUCAAGAGUCUAUAAUCACCUGUUGCAUUUUUUGUGCAAGGGUGUGGCGCCCUCUAUCACCUCACUCCGUAAUGGAGCUGAUUUUUCAACUUUUUGCGAAAAAAAUGAACCUAACCAAAUCUAGGAUCAACAUAGUGGAAAAAAAGAUAGUGAUUUAAUAAAUUGGACAAGCCUGUUUCUAUUGUAUAAUUUUUUUUUGUUUUUGUCCUCCGGGUGAAACCAGGCUUUAAAUUUGCCGAUGCACAAGUCAUUUUUGACUCGGUUGGCAAGGUUCCAAGCUGCUCCCUGGCUUGGAUAUGUAUAUAAAUUCAUAAGAGUAUUCAUAUGAAGUGUAUAUAGUGACUGGAAAAAAGGAACUGAAUAUCUGGAACAUUUUAUUGGUUUGAAAUGCUACUUCAUUGCCUUAAGAGAGACAGAGCUGUAUUGUGUCAAAAUACUUUGUCUGUAUAUAUGCUUUAUGUAAAAGAAAUGCACCGAUGUUUAAUCUUGAAGGAAUUAUUGGAUUAACUCUUGAGUAGCAGUAUUUUUUCUUUCACUGCAGCAACCAAUGCAAAGCGGAAAAAGUUAGCAUGAUUUGAAAGAUUAAUCAAAGCUUUCAGAAAUGAUGCUAUGUGAAAGAAAGUAAAAAAAAUAUAUUAAGUAAUGUAUUGGUGUUUUUUUUUUUUUUAAAAAAAAACAUGUAGAAACAUUAUACAAACUAAUUGAUGUUGAAAUGAGCUAUCACACAUUCUUAAUUCAGGAGGGCUGAAUUUUUUUUCCAAAGUGCAAACAUAAUUUAUUUAAGUAUGAAAAAAUAAUUUUUUUUCUGUUAUAAAAUUCAAAAAAAAAUUCAUUUGAUAGCAAAUAAUUAAUAAUUUUACAUGCAACAUAUUUAUUUUCAUUAUUUAAUGAGCUCAGUGCAAAUCUUUUCUCAACAAAAUCAUAAUAAAAUAAUUUUAUAAUUUCACAUUCUUAUAAUAAAUUUUUCCAGUAACAAUAAUUAAUAAAAAUUAUUAACCUAUAUUGCUAAUAUUUUUCAAUUUAUUUUAGCACAAUUUCUCAAAAUUUUGAACGUAAUCUUACAAAAUAUGCUAAGAGCUAAUGGACUUUUGUAGUGAAAGAAAUUAAUAUUCCCAUAGAGUUAAUCUAACAUAAUGCUACAAAAAUAUGAAUCCAGGUAAAUUCAUUGACAUCUUGUCUCAACCAUUAUUGAAGAAUUAAAUGGGAAAAAAAAAGUUGUCUUUUAAAGAACCUGCCCGCAAUAAGCAUUAACCAAAUUAGAAUUAAAGAUACUGAAAUUUUAUGUCAUAUUCUAAGAUGUUGAUGCAUUUUAAAACAAAUUGUUUCGUUCGUAUAACAAUUAAACUUAACUCGUUUUUUCCCCCCGCUAUGUCCUUUAAUCGUUAGCUUUCCCUUGUCACUUAUGACUCUUUUUGUGAGACAGUAGUUAAGUAAGGCAAGAUUGAGUUAAUGAUAUCACUUAUUUAUGACUGUUUAUUUCUUUUACAUAGAGUAUAGUACCUAUUUCAUUUUUUGAAUUUGGUACCAAAAAAGUAAAUGGCAUUUAUAAUCUGAUGUUGAUACUACAUGAAGUGAAAGAUGCAAUUAAUAUUGUUACUGUUCAUAUUUUGUUGUUGACCAAAAUAUAUAUCAAUAUUCAUCAAUGCAAUAAGGAUAUACCUGUAUCAAUUAUACAUAUUCAUUUUUAAGCCUUGUUAAAUAGAGAGCGGUCGACUCUAUAUGUUUGUCAUGUUAUGGAUAGUAAAUUAUCCUUAACUUGAGUAUGAACUGUGAUAUAGUCACAUGAGUCCUGCAUAUUUAAAUUGUACUCCAUACUCUUACAAAAUUAUGGAAAAAACUUAAGUGCUUCAUCUUUUUCUGAAAAAAUUUAAAUUGAAUUUGGACUUUUUUUAAAUAUUUAAUUUAAAAUAAACAUUUAAAGAUUGAUUUCAAAUACUGGUCUAAUAAAAAUGCAUACAUUUAAUAUAUAAAAAAAAAUGUAAAUACUAUUUUCUCAAUUCUAAAUACCUAAGGAAAAAAAUUUAUUUAUUCUGUAAUUAAUAUAGAUAUUUUUAAAAGACUGAUCUAACUGAUGAAAUCAUAAUGAUCUGUUAUAAAUAUAUAUACAUUUUCAACUACGAAAGUAGCGUUUACUAUUUUAAACAGAAUCUAUUGAUAAUUUUAUUUAUGUACUUUUUCUUGAGAAUGAAACAGCACUAUAUUAAUUAAAUAAUGAUAACAUGGCAGUGAUUUUUUUUAAUAUACUAAAAAGGCUUUAAUUUUAAUUUACUUAAUGUCUAUCAGGGGUGCAAUCAAAUCACAUUAAAAGCUAGAUAUAACUGCUAUAAUAAAUGGACAACCAAUUAUUUUUUUUUUAAAUAAUCAAUUUAAAUAUCACUAAAACAUUUAAAAUAAUUAUUUCAAUUAGUUAUGCUAACCAUAUUAAAAUAAACUAACUAUAAAUUACGCCACAAUAAUUCAUUUUUAUGCUCUUAAUUACAAUACAAUUUUUAUAUAUCCGAUACCUUCCUGAAUUUUAAUUAUUUUAAAAAUUGUUACUAGCAUUAAUAAAUUUAAAAUAUCUUGAUUAACUAUACUAAUUACGUUUAAAUAUAAUAACUUAAAAUUUAUAUAAUGAUAAUUUCUUUAUAUGCCCUAACUAAUAACAAUAAAAUUUUGUUAUUUGUAGAGAUGUACUCGGCACCAUGGUUAUCCUGCCCGAUUUUCAUUAUCCGGACCCCACAAAAGUUUCACUACCCUGUGCCAGGUACCCAGAGUUUUAGUCGCAAGUAUCGGCCAAUGUAAACAGGGGUCUAUGCAGCAUAAUACUCAUUUUGUUUGACACGGCCAUAUUUAGAAUUUUAAUAACCUUGAAAUUAUUCAUAUAUUUUUUAUUCGUACCCGGACCUGCAUUAAUUUUAGGGAAUCGGUACUCAUCUAGUUAUUAGUUACUUUCCUGAAUUUUAAUUAUUAUGUCUUAAUAUAAAAUCAUGCAAAAGUGUAAAAAAAAAAUGCUAUUCAAAUGAUUAAGCAAAUAAGAUGUAUAAAAUCUUCAUAUUCGGUUGUGCCCCUGAUAAUUAAAAACCUGAUACAAGAAGCUGAUACAUUUCAUUAAAUUUUAAUUUAGUUCCUAUAUCAAAAUAUAGUAGAAUGACUAUGUGUGCUAAAUGAAAAUAUAGUGGCAGAAGCCGACUACCAGAAGAGAGAUAUAUUUACAGCUCACUACUGAGAGUGUCUAUUUACCGUCCAUAAACACAACAAAAGAGAAGAGUUGUAUAUUUUGAGUAGUUUUGGUGCAUACUGCGAAAAUAUUUGUCAGUUGUGUUGGCACGCCAUUUCAUUUGUAAACUACAUAGGUGCUGUUGGGGACACAAUUUUGAAAGUGAAGAACUCAUUGCUAGGAAAAUAAAUAUUUAUAUUACGCUGUCAUUAUCACAAAUAGCAAUACAUUAAUCACUCUUUAUUGUGUGGAAAUUUUUAUUUUCUCUUUAUUAUGCAAAGCUAAUAAUGAAACCGUCCCGUAAUAUCAGUAUUUUGUACAAAAAGAUACCUUUACUUCCUCUUGUUAAUAGAGAACAAUAUUUAUGCCACAUAUCCUAUUGUUUUCAUAUAAAUCAUACCUGCCUUUUCAUAUUAUUUUUGACCCUUUUAAAAAUUUUCUUUCCCCUUUUAUGCUCUAAAUUAAUAAAAUGUAUAUUUAUCAUCUUUCAUAUUGUUUUGCUUAUGGUUUUCUAGAAACUGAAAUAUUGUAGGAAUUUAUUACAACUUUACUUUGUUUUGGUUUAUUAUAAACUUACAUAAUGUAGAAAUUAAUUGAAAUUUUCCUUAGCAUUACUUUGCUUUAUUAGAAUCAGACAUAAUAUUAGAAUUUAUUAAAACUUUCCUUAAUAUUGUUUUGCUUAAGGUUUAUACAGAAGGAAAGUAUAUAGAAAUUUGUUAUAACUUUACUUUAUGGUUGAUUGGAAACUUAUAGUACCUAUUCACUUUUUUUACUGACUAUUUCUGCGUAUUUGAAAGUUUUGAUUCUCUCUUAAUUUUAUUUUUAUAAUUUCAAAAAACAAGAGAUUAUUAAGUUUAAAAUAAUUAAAACAAGAUAUUUUUAAAAAAAUUUCCAAUACUUAAAACGAACUUUUUUGUAUUAUGUUGACAGAAUAUAUGUGGUGUAUUUUUUAAAAAAAUUACAGACUGAAAUUUUUUAACACUAAUGUCAGAUAAUAUUCCUUUCAUUUUUUAAAAAAAAAGUCACUUAAAAUUUUAAUCAUUAAUAAGAAUCUAAGUUUAUUAACGGUGAAAAGGAGAUUUAUCUUCAUUUUAAAAACCAUUUUAUUUUAUCAAGGCAGGUAUGGUUUUUUUUUUAAAGAACUUCUUGUUGCUUUAAAUAGGAAUGCUUGAGCAUAUUAGCCUCAAAAUGCUUAUGUGAUGAUAAUAUUAACCUAUAUCCUCUACCUUUACUUUAUUCAUAUUGUCCUACAUCCUCUGUCUAUAUUUAAUUCAUGUCGUCCUAUAGUAAUUUUAAACAAUAAUGCUCAAGUUAUUGAAGUGGUAACAUUGUUAUUUUAUUUGUCAUGCAAUCAAACUUUUGUUUUGAUCUCUUUUUAUUGUUUGUGAAUGAAUGUUGUAAUUUAACCAAGUCAUGUUUUUGAAUCUCUGACAUUGUUUUUUUUCCCCUCCUCCAUAUGUCAUGAAUGCGAUGAUUCACACUUUAAAAUAUAUUGUAUAUAGAUAUAAAUAUAUAUAUACAUACAUAUAUCCUUUGUGUUCACUGUUUGUACAGUCAGAUCUCCUCGCCUUGUGUUUGUUUUUUUAAAAAAAAUAAAUAUGAAUUUCUUUUC